CGGGACGCGGAGGAGCAGGACGCGCAGCGCGGGCGCGACGAGCCCGGCCGGGGCCGCCGGUAUUUAGGGCGGACGCUGCCGUAGCCGGGCGAGAGUGGGACGGCGGGGAUAGCGGGUAUGAUGGUGGCCAAAGGUGACCUCCAAUUAGGUGCUAGCGCAAAGACAGGAGUUGCCACUGUAAUAUUGUACCCUUGGAAUCCUCACCUGUCCAUGCGUAUGUACCUGCUUGGAUGCAAACCAGGCUUUUCAGGACAAAAUGCCCUAUUUUCUCACGUGGAGCCAGUGGACCACCUGUCACCUGUUGCAUCAACGAUGAAUGUGAGCCACUUUUGGGAUGAGCUUUGGUCCUGCAGCAAAGAGCAGGACCCAGCCAAGAACAAGGACUGCCAGCAUUGCAGUCAGGUAUUUCCAGUAUACUGCAGGCAGCAAGGCAUGAAACUUGAACAUGGACUUCAAGGAGAAUAAUGCUUCCCCAGAGGGAUGGUCCCUUUCCCAGUUGAGAGCCUGAUGUAAACCCCAGAAAAAGAAACUUCCUUUGCAAAAUUGAGUGGACAACUGACUUUAGAGAGCCCAGCUCUGCAGGGGUGCAUCGAAGCCUUCUCCUUGCAGUCCAGCAUCCUUAGAAAGUGUGUCAGCUGCACCAUGAAAUUAUGGUCUGCAGGAAUUGCCCCACUCUCCAGUAAUUGCUGUGCUCCAGAAGGGACAGAAAUGUGUUGGGACUUUGUUUGCCCUUGGGACUGAGCACCUCUGGUAAUCUGGGCAAUCUCUGCAGCUCUGUGCCCAGAGCCCAUAUGAUGACUUGAUCCUAAGGAGCUCCUGGUGCCACCCAGCCUUCUCCUGCCUGUCAACGUACCUGCCUUGGCACACCUGGUGCUCAGUUUUUUCUCAUAGAGACCCUCCCCUGCCACCUUGUCCUUGCUCACUAACUGCGGAGCUGGAACACAAAGCACUUUUUCCUAAGAAGUACCUGGUUUUAAGUGAGGACCCUGAACUGUGAAGCAGUGCCAGUGCUAUCACCAACAGCUAAAGUGUGUUCUCUUCUCACAUUGCACAUGACUUUGCUUCACAUUCCAGACCCUGAGCUAAGCUUUCUGCUAAGUUAAAUAGCACUGCAAUGUCUGGAAUUGUCUCUCCAUUGAAAUGCUCUUUCCUGUGAUGAAGUGCUGCUUGCUGUGGUUGUAUCAUCACUGUCACAUAUCUUCAGCCUAGGGUCACUCUGUGCCUUGGUUUCUCAUCCUCACUGCAUGGAUCUAUAUCUGCCCCAUCUUCCCUUGACUGAGCAACUGGCACACGAUUUGGUGCAGUAGUGUAGUAGGACAAUCCACAGGGACAGUAGUCUGGAUAAACUAUUGGGGACAGUAGCAUGGAUAAACCAAGGACAGGUGUGCCCUCCUUUGCUCUGUGCUGUUCCUGACUGCUCUUUAUCAAGUCUUGCCUGCAAGCGCCCAACACAACACUGUGGCUUGCUCUGGCUUGGCAUUGUAUGUCACUCCUGCUGUGCUGUGAAAACCUCCCUCUGGUUGGCUGUGACAUCACCUUCAAUUUAUUUCAGGCACUUUGAAGUGAAAAAAUACCCACAGUCCAUGGCCAAGAGCACCCGGUGAAGCCCAAGGAAAGAUGGACCAAGCACAGUGCUGAUGCAGCCAAGGCACCUGAGAGGAUUGCAGUCCUGUGAAGUGUGGGUGACAAACCUGCCAUGCCCCGCCUGGCGGGGCCGGAGGGCUGUCGUGGGCCGAUGCCUCCGAAGCUGCGCACACAGCUGCCUGCAGGCGGCACUGCUGCCACGUGCAGUGACCCAGCCGCGCGUGGCACACACAGGAGGCAAUUAUGCUAUUUUAUCUCGAGGUGAUAACAUCACCGGUAUUAAGGAAGCUUCCCUAUCUGACCAUCCAGGAGCCACUCUGGCAGUCACUCUUGCACCACUGGGUGCUUCGCAGCUACACUCCCACACUCACACAGUCAGACCUGGUUUCCUCACCAGCUCAACACCAGGUUUCCCAUGGCAGAGUCUCAAAUGUCUUGAAGGAGCUAUCAUCUACAAGAGCUCAACCUGCAGCUGGCACUGCAGCUGAGCCCUGAGCUACUGGCAUUAAGUGUAUUCCUCAACAACCAGGUUCUGCCCAGUGCUCCUCAUUCUCCAGAGACCAUGUGCAUCCUGCCCAGGCAGCAUGUCCCUUUGCUUUCAGAAAACAUGCUGGAUGGCCACUUCCUAGUCCUGGUCUCUGGUGCUUCAGGAUAUAUCAUGUCUGUGCAUUUGUGUUCUGCUUUUCUUAAUAGGCAGUUAUGUGUAUGACCUCGUACUUGACUUAAUUUAAUCACUGCUUGUCAUUUAAUGUUAUUUUUCUUCAGUAUCUGUAGCUUACACAAACUUAAUUUCUUUUUAACAGGAAAACAAUUUACCUCUAUUCAUCAUUCUUUUGUUGAGUAAAAGGCAACUUCAUUGAAAUACUAAAUGAUUUGGAAUAUGUUAAUUUUGUCCAGAUGGUAACUCUUCCUGAGUACAUGACAAAUACCUGACUUGGAACAUUUGUGUAAAACACUGGUUCUUUUCCUUUGGCGAUCACAUUAGAGGAAAAUAUCAUUUAUUUAUAAAAAUUAAUUCAGUAACUCAAUAUAUGUUUGGUUUCAGUACAACUUUCUCCCAUUGUUGGGUUGCUUGUUUGCUGAUAUUUUGAAGAUUUAUAAUUUAUUUGAACUCCAGACUGCAAAUACCAUGUUUCACAUCAGUUUAUUUUUUCCCUACAGUGACUGCAAGCUGGUGGAAGCAAUAGAACUACUAAUAGGCUUGUUCAUGUACAGGUGGGUGGGUGAGGUGCAGUUCAUGUUAGUUCACAUUGCUAGAAUUGUUGUAACAGAGAGAAAAAGCUGAUACAAUAUAUGGGAAAGGCUUGAUAUCCCUUUUUUCAGUAACUGAAAUCAAGGUUGGAUCUGGCUUUGGUUUUUAGGUAAUCCAGUCAUUGUCUUUAAUAGUGCUAAUAAGUCUGUCUGGUGGUUUUGGUUUAGAUUUUCUCCUGUGUGGGAUGUGUGAUCAGCCCAGCAUUCAGGUAAGAGAUUUCUUAGACUCUAAAAGUGAGAGCUCUGAAAUGAGCUGUUAGUGUGUCAGAGAGUUAAAGGGAUGGUAAAGGUAUGGAAAGAAAAAGAUAAAGGAAAUUCCUUACAGAGAAACGAGAUUAACUUCAGCAUCCCUAUUCACUAAAGGGAAAUUGGGGGAUAUUUACAAGUGGAACCUUUAUUUCUGACCAAAGGGAACAACAAAAAAAUUUUACUAUCAGACAGUGCUCAGCUAGAGAGUUCGAUGCAACUUGAAGCGCAAUGGUAGCAGCAGCUGGGGUCAGCCUCUACUUCAACCCCCUUUGUACCUGCCAACUGCAAGACAACCACUACAUUGCUACUUCCCAAAGAGAUCUGGGCAAUUGCUGAGCCAUAACCUGACAUCUGUACCUAUAGCCAGUUGGCAGAAAUUACAACUAUGUAUUACUGUACACAUAGUAAAUAUGGUGAUUUGGGUAACAGUCAAAGUUCAGACUUCAGUAAAGUAAGUUAUGCUUCACCAAUCUGUUAAGUUAAUUAAGAAAAGCUGAUGAGUAUAUGGAGUGAGUGAAGUCCAACUUAUACAAUUACUUAGACUCUCAAGAGACUUUGAGUGAUUUGGACAGCCCACAAAUAGUGUGGUGAUGACAUCUGAUGAUGGAACAAAGCUCUUUGGAGUAUUAAAGACAAGGACUGACUGUGCAGAGUUGCAAAGAGCCUUAGUUAAAAAGUGGUGGAAGGAAUACAAUACUCACAACUGAGCAGACAGGGGAAAAAAGCUGAUAUUACCACUCCAGGUAUUUGGAAUUACAUUAAUUGGAACUCCUUUGUGGAAAUGUAAGAUCGGUGCUGUGCAAUGAUUCAAAAAGCAAAGUACUUCUCAGAAAUCAUUAGGAAAUAAACUGGGAACAGAAAACACCAUUAUGCUGGAGUAUAAAUCUAUGGUGUAUCCAUAUCAACAACUGUUUGGGGUUCUGGUCUCUCUCUCCAAAAAAAGGUAUCGGUGUUGGGAAAGCAUCAGAAAAAGGCAAAAGGGUUGAGCUGAAUGUAUGGACCAUUGCCAGAGAGUGGUGACUGGAUUUGAUGGACUUUGGUCACUAUAAACAGUUUUAUGUUAAAAAAUUCUUAUAAAUUGAACCUUUGCUCAGUAUCACAAAAUGGCCAUUAGGAAAGGAUUUUCCCUUCCUGGAGAUAAAAAAAAAAUCAAGAAACUAAUAGUCUAGUGUGAAAUACAGGACUUUUCUAUGUCCCCUUAUUGGAAAAGUACACCUCAAAAGACAAAGCAUGUCUGAAAAUGUGACUCACAGAAGGUGAUUGUGUGUAAAAAAAUCAAACACACCAAACUGAAAAGUGUUGAUUCUUGUAUUAGGAUUUAGGAGCUUAAGAGAGGCUGUUUGACUUCAGAGUGCUAAUGUUUCAUGUAGAAUAUAUGCUCCUCUUGCUCCACAGAUUCCUAACCAAGUUACUCUCCAUUCUGUGUUGGAUGGCAUGAAUUGGUACCAGCGAUGACUGAGAGAGGCGCUUCUCUUCAAUGGUUGGGAGGAGGCUGGCCUGGUGAUUAUCUUCUUGGAGAAGUUCAGUGUUUCUCCUUGUAGCCCUCAUAGCACACUUCAAAGCCAUUCAUGACCCACAUUCAGGAUCUCUUUCAAGAAGGGUUGGGCUGGCAUAAUGUAAGUGAGAUUCUGGUACUCAUGGGUGAAAGUGAGUGAAAGGCCUGAAGGAAAUCUGUCUUAGGAUGUUUCCUUCAGGUUUGUGAAGACUUCAGGAAAUCCAGUCCUGGUGAACCCAAGGAAAAACACAGAAAGCCUGUAGAUUGCAUGCUGUGCUAUAAUGUGCACUAGUGCAUUGGGGUCUGGUACCCAACACCUGACUUAAGCAUUUGAAGACUAAUUGUUGAAGGGAAAACCUGAAUAGUCUGGAGAAAUAAAUGAAAAUGGAGAUCUGUACUUGAAGAAGUCUUGAUUUGCAAAUCUGGCAGAAAUUAUGUUUACAGAAGGAAUCCAGAAGUACUGUUUUGUGUCUUAGGUACUCUACGAAUAAAGUGUCCCUUGUAAAUACCAAGAACAUGACAGUCAGCAAUUAGGGAGAAAAGGAAAAUACUCUUGAGGGUAGCUUUAUCCCAAGCAAAGGGGCAUCAACUGCAUGCCGAGAUGUUUCUUUUCCAUCUGUUAUUCCAAUUCCUUCAGUAUUGAUUUAUUCAGCUUUGCAGAAGAUUAGGUCAGGAAGGAGGUGUGAAAAAAAGAUAAUGAAGAGUGAUUUAGUUUUCUUCAAGAUGAAAAGCACCUAAAUUCCCAUCACUCUUUUCUGUUUUCAUUGUACUGUUGUACUGUUUUCAUUGCUGUACACCAGACUCAUGUCUGGAUGACAUUUUGCUUUAACAAUGAUGUAAUUGAUGUGAUGUGAUGUGAUGUGAUGUGAUGUGAUGUGAUGUGAUGGAAAAUCCUGCUUAGGAGACUACCUCAUCUACUGUGUCAGCUGAAGUUUUCAACAAGUUCAUAUUUCUUCAGUGCUGGACCGAAGUAUGAAAAAUUCUAUUUUAUGAAGAAAAGUGAGCACCUUUCUUCAUUGUUCCAGAAAGAUUACACUGGAAAGUGAAAUCAGAGCAGAGGAUGACUCAGUACAACCAUUCAGCACAGUUCUCUCUCCAGAGCUCAGCAAAUAAAUCAUUGAAUUUCACUGAAACACCUCUGUCUUGGGAUGAAAGGACACUCUUAGGGCUGAAGAUUUCACUGUCAAUCCUUCUGUCUGUUAUAACUUUGGCAACAAUCCUUGCAAAUGUUUUUGUUGUUAUUACAAUUUUUCUGACUAGAAAGCUCCACACACCUGCGAAUUACCUCAUUGGCUCUUUGGCAGUGACUGAUCUUUUAGUGUCUGUCCUCGUAAUGCCUGUCAGCAUUGCUUACACAGUCACCCAUACGUGGGCCUUUGGCCAAUUGCUGUGUGAUAUCUGGUUGUCAUCAGACAUCACGUGCUGCACAGCCUCCAUCCUACACCUCUGUGUUAUUGCACUGGACAGAUACUGGGCUAUCACAGACGCUUUGGAAUACACCAAACGCCGGACUGCUGGCCGAGCAGCCCUCAUGAUUGCCGUGGUCUGGAUGAUAUCUAUUAGUAUCUCUGUGCCACCGUUUUUCUGGAGGCAGGUGAAAGCUCAUGAAGAAAUUGCGAAGUGUACUGUAAACACCGAUCAAAUUUCCUACACAAUUUAUUCUACUUGUGGAGCUUUCUACAUCCCAACCGUGCUCCUCCUGAUAUUGUAUGGUAGAAUUUAUGUAGCAGCUCGAUCCAGGAUUCUGAAGCCACCCUCAUUAUAUGGGAAACGUUUUACUACUGCACACCUGAUUACUGGUUCUGCAGGGUCUUCCCUCUGCUCCAUUAAUGCUAGCCUCCAUGAAGGGCAUUCCCAUUCAGGUGGAUCCCCAAUAUUUAUCAGUCAUGUUAAAAUAAAACUUGCAGAUAGUGUGCUGGAAAGGAAAAGAAUUUCUGCUGCAAGAGAAAGGAAAGCUACCAAAACUUUAGGCAUUAUUCUGGGAGCUUUCAUUUUCUGCUGGCUGCCUUUUUUUGUUACAUCCCUAGUCCUACCAAUCUGCCAAGAUGCCUGUUGGUUUCAUCCCAUCCUACUGGACUUUUUUACCUGGUUGGGUUACCUAAAUUCGUUAAUCAAUCCAGUCAUUUAUACAGCUUUUAAUGAAGAAUUUAAACAGGCUUUCCAAAAACUAAUACUUUUCAAAAAGUGUUCAUCUUGAGACUUUCCUCUUGUGUAACUGACCCUUGUGCACUCUCACAGCCUACCUGAAACUUUCCAUGCUUUUACUCCUAAGGAAAGGAGUGGUAAUUGUCAUCUCUGCUGCUACCCUGUUCUGUGCAUGUAACUGGGAAUUUCUUGCCAAUUUGAUACUUUCUGUUUGGGACUGUACAUGCCAUAGCAGAACUUGUCCAUGGUCUCUGCAGUGAUCAUGUCUGUAUAUAAGAUCAACAACCCAUGAAAUAAGCUUUGCAGCAAGGGAAGGUGUGUGAACCAGGGAGCUGGUCUUGUGUGAUGAGGUGACACAUUAUCCAGUUCUACCAUGCUUUGUAGCCUAAUGGGAGGAAGUCGUGUGUGUAUUUACAAGACCUUAGUAUUUCUGCUGUAUAUUAACCAUUUAUGUAGGCUGAGAAAGUUUCUGGAGAGCAGGAUCUGAUACUUAUAUUUUCUAUGGCAUGUAUCUUACCCAUGUGAAGCUGAUAAAACCUGUAACUUUUUCAGAAGAUGUGUGACACAGCCUGACUAUAAUCAGCAGCACGGCAGAGAGGCAUAGCACAGAUACAAGUUAUGUGGAUAUUUCACAAAUGUUGCAUUUGAAGCUAUGCUUUUGGUGAAUUGUAGAAAGAAGACAAUUUAUUUGAAUUAUUACACAUUUUAUCAUGAAUAGAAAAGCCAGUGCAGAAAUACCACAAAAUAAAUAGUAUGAAAAUUA